GAGAAAGACACGUGGGAAGAAAGGAGAGAGGGUAGAGAAAGAGAAUGCAAGAUUAAAGGAUCGAGAAGGAGCGAGAGUGAAUAAUGCCGUCUUCAAUAUCCUUGCAGCACUCUCUAUCAGCUACUAUUGCGUAUGGUUUCCGCUAUCGUACGCUUUUAAAACAGCACACCUUUUUAUCCUACGCCGCUCACCAACUUCAACGCCAAAAAUCUUCUACUUUACCCCUCUUCUCUUCAUCCUUUUGCCGGGUACCAAAUCUCCGUUUCUUCACGGGAAACUCUCUCUUCUCCCGAAUGGAGCAAUUUUGGAGUGGAAGUAGCGUUAAUAGAAACAAGGGAAUGAUUCAGCAGUUGCAAAGAUAUGGAGUCAUAAAAUCCCAUAAAGUAACAGAAAUAAUGGAAACUGUUGAUAGGGGUUUGUUUGUACCUGAUGGUACUCCGGCUUACGUUGAUAGCCCCAUGAGUAUAGGUUACAAUGCCACUAUCUCAGCACCUCACAUGCAUGCUAUGUGUCUUGAAUUACUGGAGGACAGGUUGCAGCCGGGCAUGCAUGCUCUUGAUGUCGGUUCAGGAACUGGGUAUCUCACAGCAUGUUUUGCUCUAAUGGUUGGACCACAAGGUCGAGCCGUGGGGGUGGAACAUAUACCUGAGUUGGUUACAUGGUCAAUCAAGAAUGUUGAAAAGAGUGCAGCAGCUCCUUUAUUAAAAGAAGGGUCCCUCUCAUUGCAUGUUGGUGAUGGGAGGAAGGGUUGGCCAGAGCACGCACCUUAUGAUGCUAUUCACGUUGGAGCAGCUGCAGCUGAUGUUCCACAGGAUCUCAUCGACCAGUUAAAGCCCGGGGGAAGGAUGGUGAUUCCAGUGGGUACUUUUUUCCAAGACCUCAAGGUUAUAGACAAGAAAUUGGAUGGUUCAAUAAGCGUUCGAAGUGAGACUUCUGUCCGUUACGUUCCACUGACUAGUCGAGAAGCGCAGAUUAAGGGCACUGACUAGUUCAGCACAGAUAAAGGGUCAAAUAAUGCUGGUUGCGUCUCGUAGUGGUGGUCUUAGUUCUCUGGCUUAUAAGUAUCUUUCGUUUUCUUGGCACUCCAGUUCGAUGUUUUGUACAGUGUCACCUCUCAGCCUGUAAAGAAUGAACGAUCUAAAUUGUUGUGGAUUUAAUUCCAUGCAUAUUCUCUCCUGCA